AUGCCUCGCAGAAAAGAGCUCUCAGAAGACCUACGAGAGUGGCCCAGUCAGAGUCCUGACCUCAACCCGAUUGAAAUGUUGUGGCAUGACCUUAAGAGAGCGAUUCACACCAGACAUCCCAAGAAUAUUGCUACACUGAAACAGUUUUGCAGGCAUCAUCAUUUUGUUGAAGACUGGCAGGUGAAACCAACUGGACCGCCACAAGCUGGAGCCUGUCAAGGCAGGAAGCAGAAACAGAAGAACAAGAAGAGGAAGGAACCGGUGUUUACCCAUUAUUGUGAUACCUGCGAUCGUGGCUUUAAAAACAAGGAGAAAUAUGAGGAACACAUCUCUCAGCACAAGCAGUGUACUGAAGAUGGCUGCAACUUUAGAGCACAUGAGAAACUGGUUCAGAUCCAUUGGAAAAAUAUGCACUCUCCCGGUGCCAAGCGGAUCAAAUUAGAUACCCCGGAUGAAAUUGCUAGAUGGAGAGAAGAAAGGAGAAAAAAUUUCCCAACUUUGUCAAAUAUCGAAAAGAAGAAAACAUUAAAGGUGGACAAAGAAUGUCGGGGAGAAGUGCUGACAACUCUACAAUUUGGCAAGAUGAAGGGAAUGUGGAAACCUCCAAAUGGAGGAGGUCCUAGGCAACAAGGGAACACACAGAGGAGAACAAAUCGGCGCUGGAAUAAAUCCAGGAAUGUUGCUAAUAGCCAAGAUGUCCCCUCGAACACUUGGACGGGGACCGGUUCCGACAGCCACGAAGCUGAGGAGACGCUUAGAAGAGAACCUCGUGGAGAUGCAGGAGACUCCAUGACAGAUAAAGAUCCCCUGGGCAUCCUGGCCAGUAGCGAUCCUGAAUCCGACAAAGAGGCGGGAACGUCCAAAGAUCAAGCGCUGGAGACUAGCAUUGUUCCCAAACAGCUGACCUCAGCCCUGAGCUCCUUGGUGGUCAACUACGGCAGCUUGUCCGAAAGUGAGAAUGAACGGGACGAGUCCGUCGCCUCCUCAGCAAAAACGCUGGCUGAAAGUGAGCCCAUUUCGAGAAGCGUCCCUCGGCCUUCCAAUCACUCUCAAAGCUGCAAACACGAGAAUCACCAGGAAACGCUGGGCGGCCCGUGUAACGGGGCCGCGUCGGGGAGAUGGAAGUCGCAUUCCAGGAACACGAGGAAUCAAAAAAGGCAGAAGAAAUCGUUUCCUGCAUUGCAAAAGCACCAUCCAACUUUGCUAGAAAUGCUUCUGGCGAAGGACAUCCGUCACGAAAGGAACGUGAUCCUCCAGUGCAUCCGCUACAUUCUGCAGAGCGACGGCCUCGGCCUCCAUUUAGAAAGUAGUUCAGACGCUCCGUCGGACGGCAAGGCAACUCCUGAGCAUGCACAGAAGCUGGCGGCAGCCGAGCCCUGCCAAUUCAUCAACUCUCACGGCUCCGACCGGAACGAAACAGAGCCGAGCGAAGCAUUUCAAAGCAAGGCAAUCUCUGCCUCUCCCGCCGUUGAUGAGGAUAUUUGGGAAUCUACAGGGAUCACUUGCGAAGACGACUGAUAAUUUUAUUUUAUUUUAUUUUAUUUUGAACCUAUGCGUGGGUAACCGUUACCCAACUUCGGAUGCUCGCCGAAGCUCCUUAGACUGUAGGUUGCAUCCCAAGAAUUGAAAUUAACUCUUUUGAGGAAAAGCUAAAACUCGGUUAAGACGUCAUGAUCUUGCAACCCCGUUCUUCAGGGAUUCAUUUUUUUUACUUACUGUAAGUGUGAAUAAAAAGCAUAUC